CACGACCGCGUCUGUCCCAGUUCCCCGCCUACUCUAUACCACUCUCAGAGCCCCUCUUGUCCUGCUCUGCGAUCCAGUAGUCGUGUAUUAGACAGAAAGAACGUUCUCAGACCGUCACCACUCCAGACGUCAACGUGGUUUUUGACGCCAGUCCUUUGUUUUUGUGUGGCGCUUCGUUGAUCAACGAAGCAAUAAUAUCACCCUCUCCAACUUCAAGCGUGCUUCAGUGUGUCAUGCAGUCAUACGACGCGUCCAACGCCAUCAAACGUGUUCAGCGCGUCCCAUCCAUUCAAGCCACUUUCAAAUCGCUGAACACCCCGCGUCCAACUCCUUCAACAUUCGCGAAAGCAAGGGCCGCGGCUCCAGUUCUUGAUGCGAUUGAUGGGUUGUCACCAAAUAAAGUUGGAGGGGUAGGACAGAGACUCGGUUCUGAAGGAUCUUUGGGCUUAGAGGCGAUGCUGCGCAAUUUACACUUCCACCACCAUGAUACCCCACGUCGAAGCCCCAGACAAAGUUCAUCACCCUCACCACUAACACACUCGUUUACCACCGCCGAUCUCUCCGCGAUGUCCGCACCACAGAGCCAAGAUCGCAUGGAUGUCGAUGAUUCACCCUCCGUUUCCUCUCGCGAUCGCAUCGCCCUCGCGCCUGUGCAGCCUCAACCCAGAUACGCAUCUGAUGUGCAGAUGAUGUCACCCGAGGAGACCGACGCGAAGAUGCUAGAGAUAAUCAGGCACACCACGCCUCCAGUGACCACCGUACCCAAGAGCCGACUACGACGGUCCUACGCGUUCUCUCAGCUAUCUCCCGCACAUCAGCUACACUUGGCGAGUGUCAAGGGUUCGCCACUAGCACCACAUCAUCAAAUCAACAAGCGAAGGCGGGACGAGCUUGAAGAUGAGGAUGAGGAGACGGAACGUCGGAUGCCUGCGAAGAGGCUACGGCGUCGGUCUGCGCACGUCGUGCACGAUCUUUGUUGAGCAUUGUCGGUCGGGUGUUUGGUGUAGGGCGUAGGGUCGAGUUUGUUUUCUUUCUCUCGCGUCGAGUUCUAUUUUUAUUCCCCUGGGUGUGAAUCUGGCGGUGCCAUAUCUUUUCAGACCUUCUUCUUGCUUAGUCUCUAUCGCCGUGUUCACUUUCCGGACUUGUAGAUCAGUGUGUGUAUUACCAGACAAUUUCCCUCUCCUGCUAUCACUCGUCGCACCCAUGCCUUCAGUAAAUCUUUCUCUGUAUAUCUGCCCAUACGUUC